AUGUACUUCCAGCCUCCCGAAGAUCGGGGGGGUGGAGGUAGAGAACGGGCCGGAUCGCUGCACCAAGCCGCGGAUGGCGCUGAAUCGCCGGCGGCCGGCGGCGCCAACAUCAUGGGUUCAGCGCCUGCAACUUUUUGCCCCUCGCCGAUCUCACCGACGAGGCCCCCGUCCGCCCUCGCCGCGGCGGCGGCGGGGGCGGCGUUCAUUGCCUUGGAUGAGAGGGAUAGCUGCGACUUAGGCCAUCAUGCUCCCACCGCGCUUGACGACAGCGCGGCGGCGGGCCGGGCGCCUUCUUCGGACAACAUUGACCUUGGGUGGGGGGCAAUGGGCAACGCCUUGAUGGAGGAGGACGGGGAGGGGGAGGCGGAGGAAGCGGGCGAGGGCUACUCCUGUGCAGCAACCGACGACGCGCAACGGUGA